GUGGGGAGGUGGGGUGGGUAUGGGGGAGGAAGACAAGACCGCCUGGCCGGAUGCAAGCAGGUUCCUGAGUGGAAGGUACUCAGACAGGAAAUGCAAGCUUUCCUGUGGUCAGAGAGGACUUAUCGUACAGUAAAGGGAUUGGAGCUCAGCAAAGUCCUAGGUGAAGCUUGCUGUCCAGAAAUGUAUCCUUUUGAAAAGUGACCAUUCAGGGAGGUCUUAGGACUUUGUUGGUAAUUUAUUCGUCCUUUAUAGAGCUCCGAGUAGUUGGGAUGGCAGAAAGAAAAGAGACAGUCAUUGACCAAAAUUCGUGUUACAUGCACCAAUAUCCAAACCCUUAAGAUGUGGAAAUCCUUUCCCCAUGUCCCUAUAGUCCUUUGCACAAAUUCCUAUGAUAGCACUGACCGCGUUGAACAGUAACUUUCUCUAUUUGGGCUUCUUUAUGAGUUACUCAAAGGCAGAGGCCCUGUCUUUGCCUACUGUAAUUAGUGUUUUCGUAUAUACAAGUGGUAGAAAAAUGGUUUACAUUGGUUAUGGUUGUUGCAUGGAUUCACACGAUUCUGCAUGAUGGGACCCCCAAAUCCCAUGCUUCAGUACUUUCCCCUUUAUCCUUUUGCUUUAUCUUUUGCCACUCUGCGCAAUCCUAAAGUAGCAAUGGCUCAAUGUGUUGUUCUGCAAAAAUGUCCAUUUAACUACCUGGGGCUUUUUGACACAUAGAGUGUCAAGUUGGUGGUUGAGCCUUGGCAGGGCUAUAGUGAGAGGUGCAGUGGCCUUUUUGGGUGCCCUCCAAAUCAUGCCAGGCCUAUUCUCCUUCUACAAAGGAAAGGCCUUGUCCAUACGAAUCAGUCCCUGGCAUUCUCGGCUUGGUGCUUUUCCCUUCCCCCGCUGCUCAUUUGCAGGUCUGUGAUCUCCAUGUGCCACCUCCCAGCUAAUCCUCUUGACUUGGUGCCUUUCUGGAGUAAAGGCCAGGGCCUGUGCCUCCAACUGCUCCUGAAGAAAGUGUCCCAGGACCAUGGAAUCCCAGUGUCCAAAGUCUGCACACCAGAUCACGCCAGCAUACAUGAGGUUAUGGGUUACCUGGACACAUGAGACCCUUGGACUGGGUAAAAGGGGCUGGCAUGCUGGAAAGCAGCAUCCUGCAUCUGCUGUUACCCCCAACUUGCUGCAUGACCCUUGGUUAUCUCUGUGUCUUAUAGUUGUCUUCCUAAGGGAAACUGGAACAGAAAGACAGCAGCUAGGCAAAGCUGUGGCUUGUGUUUCUCAUUGAUCUCUUGCCCUUCUACCUGUUCUGGAAUCCUACUCCAUCAAUUAUCCUCUCAUUUUAAAGCAUUACUUACCUCUUCUUUUCUACCAGGUCCUUCCCCUAAACCUACAAAUGGAAUUAAAAUAAUCUAUGUUGCCUCUCCAGCCCCUGACUUCAAAAUAAAUUAAACAAAAAAAUUCUUCCCUUGACCAUGAUACUCUUCUUUCCUAUUGUUUUCAACUAAAUUUCUCAAAAAGCAGCCAUACUUGCAGCCCAUUCCUCCCUUCACAUUCCGUGCUCAGCCUGCUCUGUGCCUCCUGCUUAGCAUGUGCUUGGUGAUGAGUGGCCAUGGAUGGACAGUGAGUGGUUGGAGGGUGCCAUGUGUUCCCUCUUGAAGAGAUUUUAGUGAUUCCUUAUACCUUCAGUCUAGGCUUUCUCUUUGCUUUAAUGGGGUUCUCUUCCCUCAUUUGCUCCAUGACGUAUGUUUUCUCCCUUCAGGCUUCUCUCAGUUCUCAGUGUUUCUCUCCCCCUUCAUGGCCAUCCUUGGUGAUCCCACACACUCUCAUUGUCGUACCUACUACCCAUCUCCUGAUGGCAUCAUGGGCAUCCCAGGUAACCCCAGUCAGGUCUUUCCCCCAACUUUUGUUUUCAAUUUCUAUUGGAGAUUUCCUCUUAGGUGAUAAGGGGGCUCCUCCUCUAGUGUUGUCUUGGUUGGUAACAACACCAGCUGUCAUGCAAGCUCAGGGCCUGCCCCUUCCACUCAGCCUCCUGCCACCUGCCACCACACUCUCUGUGCUGCACUGUCAUCGAUCUUCUGCACGACCUUGGAAUUAACUGUGUCCCCAGCCUUGGGGCACUUGCACGUGCUGUUCCCUCCUCCUGGACAUCUUGUCUCCCCGUCUUAUCUAGUUAACUCCUGCUCAUCCUUUAUAUUUCAACACUGAGUCAUUUCCUCGGUGGCUUUGCUUUAUCCUACAGAGUAGGUGCAGGCUUCUGUUUGGGUAUUCUCAUGACAUGUUUUACCUUUCUUGAAUGGCAGUCAUAGAAAUGUAGCACCAAAUAUAACUGCUGUUUGGAAUCUGGUUGAAAAUGAGAGGACGAAAAUGUCUCAUAGUCAAGGGAGGAAUUUUGGGGAGAAUGGGGAGGUAUCAUAGAUAAAUUUAAUUGCAUCUUUACGUCCAAAUUUUUAUUUUACAUUUUUUGCAUAACCAUAACUGUAUAUGUAUGAAUCAUAACUGUCUUCUCUCACCAGAUUGAAAGCUCUAUGAAGGCAAGACUUCUUUCAUUUUGAUCAUUAUUAAAUUAUAUUAGAUAUUCAAUAAACUUAUGUCACAUGAAUCAACUAAUCACCUUUAUCUUUUUCCAUUCUCCACAUGAAAUACUCACAAGACCACUUUUUACCUCCUAAAUAUUUACCUAACCAAUAUCUCCCUGCCUGUCCCCAGCAUUCAUUCGCUCAUUCAUUUAUCCAUUCUACAUAUAUUUUUUAUGCCUACCAUGUAGCAAGCAUUUUAAUAGAACUGACUAUAUAGAAUUGAUUUCUACCUUCGUGGAGCUUCCAGGCUAGGGAUAGGUAGGCUGAAGAUGGGUAUAUUUAAAAAGUAAAUACAGAAAUAAAUGUGUAAUUACUACUUGGAAUAAGUGCUAAGAAGAACACAACAAGGUGCAGUGUUAAAAAAUAAUGGGGUGGGGGUGCAAGAGAAAAUGAGUUCAAGCUGAUUAGGAAGAUGUCUCUAAAUGACAUGUAACCUGCGUGGAAGGUGAGUAGGAGUUAACUACUCACCUGGACUCAUUGGUCUCCACAUCCAACCUUGCUCAAGUGAACCUUUGCUACCCAGCUAGGGAGCAACACAUCUAAACCCUAGUCUGGCCAUAUCACUCCCAUAUUUAAGAAUCCUUGCAAGACAUGGCAUCAUUUUCUUCAUGGCAAAGCCCAAGCUACUAAAUCUUGAAGUCAAUGCCCACUACCACCUGAUCCUGACUUAGUGUUCAAGCCUCAUUUCUUACCUGUGUGAGCGUUGAACCUGAUGCCCUAACAACACAAAAUUGUUUGCCAUUCUUUUGCCACAUCUGAAUCCUCUCCUGGGUCCUUGACUGUGUCCUCCAUGCCUGGAGUGCCCGUCCUCACUUUCUCCUGAUUGAUUUCCAUUCAUGCCUUAGGAGUCAGUUCAGGAAGCUCCCUCCUACAGUAAGUCUUCCCUGGCUUUCCCUGCCUGCUCUCUUUGGUCCUUUCUUUUAAAUAAGCCAGGACAUAAUCUCAUUAAGCAGAAUGUAAGUGCCUGUUGGUUAUUAAAAGGAAAGAAGAAAGGAAAGAGGGGAGGAAGGAAGGAAGGGAGGGAGGGAGGAAGGAAAGGAGGAAGGGAGUAAGGGAGGAAGGAAGGAAGGAAGGAAGAAAAAAAGAGAGAAGGAGGAAGAGAGGGAUAGAGGGAGGGAGGAAGGGAAGGAGAGAGGAAGAUCUGCAAGUUUAGCGAAGCCCACACCUUAUUUGCCUUAAACAGAAUUCUGUUUUCCACAGACACAUAUACUUAUAGAAAUGAGUUAUUUAAAGAGGAUGGUCCAGAUUCCACAGUCAAAAAAAAAAAAAAAAAAAGAGAGAGAGAGAGGUUUGCCCUGCUUCUGAAGGAGUCAGGAUAUGAAUGCAGAGGUCUUCCUGUUGGCUUACAUAUCAGAUCUUCAAUGUCAACAAUAAAUGUGUGAGCACUUGCCAGGCUCACACUGUUGAGAACACCUUUAUGGUUGAAUGUGGCAGUGUGUUCUGCAGGAGUCCUCUGUGAGAUUAGUGCUACUCUUGCCAUUUUACACCACUAAGGAAACUAUCACUGACUCUAGUCUUCGGAUUCUGAGCCAAGAAGUCUUUUUCUUCUAGCCUUGGCCAUAGAGACUCUAUGGAGAAUAAUGGGAGGUGAUCUACACAGACUCCUCCCUCACUGGGUUGAUAGCUUUGUUGGGAAGAUUUUAACAUCCAUCAAGGGAAAAAACCACCAGAGACAGCUCAAGUUAGGGAGGCAGAGGGUUAGCAGCAAAUGCUACUCCUCGUUAGAACUCAGGAAUUCCAGACUUGGAGAUACCAUGAGAAGUUUCUGACUCAUGACUGUGUGGGCCAUGCUGCAUGCAUAUGCCUGCCAGGGCUCAAUCAGAAAAAAAAAAAAAGUGGUCUCCAGUUCUCAUUGCCAAGGAGCUCAGUACUGUGUUCAAGGCCAAGGACAUGAUCAAUCCAGUCUUAGAAUCUGGUUUCCUCAGAUCUCUUCUGGUAUCAGCCAGGGCUUGAUCAGAGGACAGAAACCUUCCAAGGUAUUUCAACAAAGGGGCUUUAAUAUGGGGAAUUGUUGUCUGGUGUUGGAGGGCUGUAAGAGCACAAAGGAAGCACUGAAAUAACCCAGAGAUAGUAGCUACAGGAAGCAGCAACUACCCCUUGGGCUGGAGGAAGCAAAAGGAAGAAACUGGAGUUAUCAGAAUACAUGCUUAGAGGAAGGGCCUGCGGAGCUGGGACUUGGAUCUCCGAAGGGCUGGCACAUUGUGGCUGUUGCCGGGGGGCAUGUGCGACUGGCUCUGGGAGAGCUGAGAGCUGGAAUCUGAUUCAACUACUGCUACUGAGGUAUUGGCCGACAAGAGCCACAUACAACAACAAGAAGAAAGUCCUUCCACUAUCCUUUAAACUUCUACUACUUGCCAGGUGGCCCAUUUAUCAGUCCCUCGUGUGUGUGUGUGUGCACGUACAUAUAUAUAAAAUACAUAUAGAAUAUAUAUAUUAUAUAUGAAAUAUAUAUUCCUGUAUAGUAUAUGUGGAGUAUAUAUAAUAUGUAUAGAAUAUACAUAAUAACACCCAAACUGAGAGGUAGCUUUCAAAUCUGUCCUCUUGCCCUGAUGAGUGGGUGAGGCUCAUGUGUUCAUUUAUUUUCAUUCCUUGAAGCUAUAUGGAGGAGAGAGUCAGAAACCCCUGCUUCACCUCUGACUAACUUAUGACUUUGGCAUGAAUUUCUGUCACUUCUUUCUGUCUUUCCUUCUAGGUGUGUCCAAUGAUCUAAAUAACAUGGUGCACGUGUAGCACCUGACACAGGACCUGGGCUUCAGUAGACCCUCCACAAAUGUUAGCCAUUACCCUCACCACCGAGACCCACCAUUUCCAUACCAGACACUGCUCCAGGUUCUGGGGACAUAGGGGGAUGAAGACAGAUGGGUCUCCCCUCUUGGAGGUUAUGGUUUUAUGGGAAGAUUCUUUUUAUAAUGAUUUCAAGUUAAUUAACUUAUUUAUUAGCAAAUGGCAAAGCUCCCCAACUCCUAUCUGCCCCUCUUCUUGCCUGGAUUGAUUUCUCUUCUAACUCUUCCAAAAUCCUUAGUAAUGAUAAAAGGGCAGGGUUCUGGGAUGCUUGGAGGGGCAGGAAAUAAUCCCAGCUCCUUCUUUCCCCUUCUGGCGCCCAUGACUAGGCUGUUACUGAUUGACUCCUGGCUUGUUAUUGUUGCUGUGUGCUGGUCUUUGGGGCUCUGUUUCCCUCGUGGAGUGUCUAUGCUCUUUAAUGCAGCCAAGGAGGACCCUAAGAUGUGAGGCCAUGAGGACCAACUCCAGCUCCUUGUCUACUACACUCUGAAGCUCAGGCAGAUAUAAGAGGGUCUUCCAAUAGAAUAUAAAAUUUGGCUUCCCUAGAUGCUUCUGCCUUAGAUCAGCCCAGAGGGUGGCUGUGGUGGAGGGCUUAGCACUAUUCUUUCAUCCCCAGUAGGGACAGGGAGCUGGGGAGGGACAGGGGAGGGACAGGGGAGGGGAGAUAGAGGAUGGAUACAGAGGUUUCCUUUGGAUUAGACUCUAUCUGGGAGAGAAUCAAACUAGGCUCGUAUUUCACCAAUGUUGGACCUAAAAGAAGAGGAAAGAGGGGGGGGAAGGAGGGAGGAAGGGCUAUCUUUAGUACCCAGCCCCUCUUCCGCAUUAGUCAAUGCCUAAGAAUAAUAAUUAUAGUCAGUAUAAUGGGAGGUGCUUAUUUUGGGGCCAAACUGAGUAUUUUACAUGCAUCUUUUCAAUUAAUUCUUACAACAACCCUUUGAAGAAUGACGUACAUUAUCCCCAUUUUACAAAUGAGAAGAUGAGGAGCAGAGACGGCAUGUAACAGGUUCAAGGCUCCACCCUUACAAAGUGGCAUGACUGAGAUUCAAGCUGAGAGCGCUCAGAUGCCGUAGUGCUCUGCACUGCUUACUUUUGCCCACCCACCUCCAGUGCCACCCCUGGCAGCAGCACUGUAUUCCAAGAAUAGCCAGACCUCUCCCUAAGAACGAAUAUGCCCUUCCGUCACCUACCAAGUAUGGGUGCUUUCCAAAACUCACUUCCAAAUCCUCUCUAGCUUUUCAUUAUCUUGGGGCCUAAUUUUUCCUCUUUAAAUUUUCUCCAGUCAGAGAGGGCACCUAAUUUCUUUAUUUCCCUUCACUCUUGCGCAGUGGCUGGUUGUCCUCCAUUCUCUUUGUUUACAUCCAUUGCUGCCUCCUUUCUUCGCAGUCUUUCCCGCUCUGGGUUUGCAUCCCUGCCCUCGGUGUCUCCCAAUUUCCUUGCUUUCUUUUAUUUCCCUCCUGCUUGCUGCCUCCCCAGUUCUUACCAGCUCUCUGUCCCAGUCCUUUCCUGUCAAAGAUGGCAGACUCCUCCAAUGCCACCGAUCCCCUACCCAUCUGCCUGUAGUCUUCCCUUCUCUCUCCCUCCCCGCUGGCUCUUUUGGCCAUCCCCCUUCCCUGCAUAAUCUUUAUUGCUUGCAUGACUGCUCAGGUUCUUUAUCCCAUCUUCCCCUCAAAGGCAUUCGUAGCUCCGCUGUUAUUCUUGUAUUAGCAUUGAACCCAUUAAAGCUAAUUUGUUUGCCCUAAUCUCCAUUUAUUUUUCCCUAGUUGAUAUUAGAUUUCCCUUUCUAUUGCUCCAGCAUGAUUUUCUCUUUGUCUUCCUAAUGGUCUACCCCCCUCUCUCUUCCUCUAUUAAUCUGGUUGGCUUCACUGUGUGGUUUCAAGGCCUUUCUCCGCCUCCCCCAGCCCUUAGAUUAACCCUGUCACCUCCCUCCCAGGAAGGGCUUCAGUGUGUGGAUUUCUAGGGAUGGAGCUGCUUCAGAUGUCAAUAGACCUCUAAGCUCCUUAAGAAAACUACUGUUUGACAUGAGGCCCUGCCUUUUGCUGGAGCCAGGCUGGAGGCCUUGGGAGCACAGGGGCCAGAGAGCUUGAGGCAAGUGGGACACACUUGCCUGCUCUGAGCCCAAAGGUCACCAAGUCCAAGGGUUCCCUGGGUAGGGUCGCCUUUGGUGCUGUCUCAGAGAUUUCUGGAGGUCUUUUCAAGCUGUCUAAGAUCCUAUAAAUUAUAUUAGCAAUAUAAGGGAUAUAAAGUAACAGCAGAUGGGCCACUUUCUCCCUCUGAGACUGGGCACUAUUUCCCAAGCAGGGGACUCCCUUCCUUUCCUUCCUGCAGGAGUGACGCUCCCCCUCUGUGGAUGUGGCUUUGUGUAUGGCUACUCCACACCCUGCACUCUGGCCUUCAGAAGCCCAGGGAGAGAAGCCAACCAGGAGCAACCUUCCAGAACCUUCUCCAUCCUCCCACCGACCUCCCCAGCCCCUGUCCUGUCUCUGAAUCUCGUUGUCAAGUUCUUCCUCCAGACGCCUGGCUCCUUGAGGGGAGGUGCAGCUUUUAUCUGACCAUGCAGACGUGCUUUGUGGUAGGUAGAGCAGUGCUUUCCUCCUCCCAACUGCACCCUGGAAUCACCUGGAGAGUCCAGAAACUUCCCGCCUCAGUGAAAGAACAUCAGUGUAUCAGCACAGCAAAGCCUCCACAUGCCAGGCUGGGUUCCCUCCAAUUACCAAGACCUCCGGGCUUCUCCUCCUUUCAAGAACUUUAUGACCCUGGAUCCAGUCUAAACGUUGGUUAUGCACUCACCUGACAUCCACAGGGCCCUUCCAAAGUGCUGUCAGGGCUGACUGCUGGUGCCUGGAACCUGUACAUGCUCCUGGGACUCCGCAUCUCUGCUGGGGUUGGUUUCCCCUCUGAGCCACCUUAUGGAAUCCCACCCUGACCUGGUCACAGCUCAGCAUGCCUCCUUCUCCUACUUGCUCAGCAUUUUGUGUCUAUCUGGACUGAAGCCUUUGCUUUCUCUCUGUGAUUGUGGUGAAAGUUCAGUUUGCUUUCCUGUCUCUAGAAUGUCAGCACGAAGGCCGAGGCAUGGUCUCCUGAAUUCCAUAACCCCAAAGCCUAACUCCCUGCCGGCCACACUGAGGGUCUCAGUAGACAUUGACAUACUAAAUUGAAUAGUUGAGUAAUAAUGCUCUUUGAAAUAAUUUGGAGUUAGAUCUUGAGGCUUGUGUGGCCAGGGGAUACAUAAUUGGGUGAGGGCACAUCAUAAAAACUGAAGGUAACUGAGCAUGCCAGCGGUUGGGGUGAGAAAUUUGCGUGCAGCACUCCAGACACAGAGGCAGCAAAGCCCAAGUGCUGGGGAGUCAGAGUGAGAGAGUAAAGGGGCACUCAGUGCUUCUUUAGGAGCUGGAUCAAAACCUGAGAUGAUCUGGCCACAUGGUGCAGACUGAGCACACACUUGGGAGAGAAAUGGGCCAGGAGGAGAGGAGAGAGGUUCACCACAGGACAGUGGAUGGCUGGGAAUAGAAGCCCUCUCCAUGGUGGACCAAGAAGUCUGUGCAGCUGAGAACAAGACAAAAGAAGUAAUGAUUUCUAUGGAUAGCUGGGAUGGAAACCUCAAGGGUGACAGGGUCUUUAAAGGAAAUCUCAAGGAGGGCAUCAUGUUCCAGGUGUGCUCCAGGGAUGCUGAGUAAGAAAAUGCCACUUUUUCCGUGUGUGUCUUUACUCUGCCACAAGGCACCUGGGCUCCUAAGUGACCAACACACACAUGCUAUACUGGUGCCAGGAAAGAAGGGUGUUUUGCUGGGAAAGUCAAGGUGAGAGGAGGGGCCAGGACUUGGCUCCGUUCUUUGAAGGGUGACAGUGCAAAUUCUCCAUGCUGGGGAUCCUACUGAUGGAUGGAGGCAUGUCGAUGUCAUCAUUUCACAGAGUGGGGAGCUAUGGCCACUAUGUGACUAUCACGCAAGUCUAGCCUCACGUCAGCUGGACACCCACUGUUCUGACACUUGUCAGCAGAUGGGGCACCCAGAAGGUCACGGUGUUCUGCAAAGAAUGCCACAAAACAGUGAGCUCAGUGUCUUGAAAAUCAUAAUGUUUUGCUAAGUCCAAUCCCAGAUCCUAAAAAAAAAUACGAGGUAGAGGCAAUUGAACAAAAACAAUUUACAUGUUAAACUUGAAGAUAAGUACAAGUGUGCCUUUUUCCUACCACUGUUGUUCAGUUUUGUUAUAUUGACGAGCACCUCUGCCCACCCUAUAGGGUAACACUGUUUGAGAAUCACUGAUUUAUGAAAGUUAUAUAAAUAUUGGCUGAUCAAAUGUACAAAAUAUGCAUGAUGGCACCAUAAUGUGUGUAAUAGUGACAAAUGCAGUUCACGUGGGUGCCAAAACAA